AUGGCAUUUGGUGCAGAGGCAUGGGUUCUCCAUCCUUCACGAAGGUUACAAGAUCCCUUCACAUCUCUUCCCCCAGUCACCUCGGCACCUUUGGAGUUUCGUUCUUACACUCCAGGUUCCGAGAAGGGCAAGGCACUAGAAUCCGAGGUCCAACGUCUCUUGACAAAGGGAGCAAUAGAGGAGACGUCUGCAAAACCAGGUUUUUACCGUCACCUAUUUGUGGUGCCCAAGAAUACAGGAGGCUUUCGCCCAAUCCUCGAUUUAUCCACACUGAAUCGUUAUGUGACUACCACUCCCUUCAGGAUGGAAACAGUGAGGACGGUUAUGUCCGCCAUCCACAGACACGACUGGAUGACUGCCAUCAAUCUCCGGGAUGCUUAUUUUCAGAUCCCAAUCCAUCCAGACAGCCGAAAGUUUCUCCGCUUUAUAUGGAGAGGGCGUCACUUCCAGUUCAGGGUUCUUUGCUUUGGCCUCUCCACGGCCCCUCAAGUUUUUACCAGGAUGAUGGGUCCAGUUUCAGCGGCUUCACAUCAACAGGGAGUUCGCCUCCUCCGUUACUUAGAUGACUGGCUGCUGUUAGCUCACUCGGAACAGACGGCACUCGAGGCAACCAGUUACCCCCUCCGUCUGUGUGCAUCACUCGGAAUCCAGGUAUACUGGGAAAAGUCAUCGCUUUCACCCUCCCAGACAAGGAUUUAUUUGGGGAUGGAGAUUCGCUCUCCUCUUUUGAAGGUUUUCCCGACACAGAAACAACUAGAGAAUCUACAACAUCAAAUUAAGACUUUUCUAAGUGUUCAGUCCCCUCCAGCAAAGGCUUGGUUAGCCCUCCUAGGCCACAUGUCCUCUCUGCUGCAUCUAGUUCCUGGGGCAAGACGGAGGAUGCGCAGCCUUCAAUUUCGCCUUUCCCAAUUCUGGGAUCGCCAGUCCGACGGAGACGACCUUCCAGUUCCUUGGGAUUUUGAAAUCCUGGACGAUCUUCAGUGGUGGACACUGGACCACAAUCUUCUGUUGGGACAGUCCCUUCAGUUAGCUUCACCGGACGUUUGUCUGUACACAGAUGCUUCCACCGUCGGCUGGGGAGCGUCGAUUCUACACGAUUCAGUGAGCAGUGUGUGGGUCACUCACAAGCUCUCUUUACACAUCAACCUUCUAGAACUCAAAGCUAUAUGUCUCGGCCUUCUGCACUUAAAGGAACAUGUCCGAGGACAGACGGUGGCAGUGUUCUCCGACAAUGCCACGGCCCUGUCGUAUCUGGCAAAAGAAGGCGGGACUUGUUCAGGAAGCCUCAAUGCCGAGGCUCAAGCAAUCCUACAGUGGGAGGUUUGCAAUCUCCUGUGGAGGCUUUGGAGUUAUCCCACGGUGGACCUGUUUGCAACGAGGCUCAACUUCAGGCUACCAAACUUCAUCUCCCCGUUUCGGGAUCCAAUGGCAGUAGCCACAGACGCCUUUCUGUAUAAUUGGGAUCAUCAAGAUCUUUAUGCCUUCCCACCUUUCCCGCUGUUCAGGAAGGUGCUCAACAAGCUGAAAAUGGCACGUCAAACAAACGUGAUCCUGAUUGCUCCGUUUUGGCCACAGAGGGAAUGGUUCCCAGACCUCAUACAGGCCUCAGUAGACACUCUCAGGCAUCUCCCGCAGCGCAGAGAUCUACUUCGUCAGCCUCAUGUUCGCAAAUUCCAUCAAGCUCUCCCCAUGCUACAGCUAACCGCGUGA